GCACCCAUCUCGCAGCUUCUCCAAAAUAAGCAAUUCAAUUUUUUUGUUUUGUUAUUUUUUUCAAUUCCAAUGAACUGUUUUAUUUUCUUUGUUUUCUAUAUUCUUGUUUCCUCUUCCACCACCGGAGGAGAAGGAGAAACAGAGGCAUGCAAGCCCACGGAUGUCUUCCUCAUCAAUUGCGGCGCUACCUCCAACACCUCCGACACCACCGGCCGAACUUGGACGCAGGAUCAGCAGAAGGAUCAUGCAUUGAAUUCAGUCAACGCGUCAUUCCCUUCAGAGGCUUCCAAACUAGAAUGGCCGGUUCAUCAGGUUCCUUACAAGACCGUUCGGAUAAUCCGAUCCAAAUUCACUUACACUAUUUCAGUCUCUCCCGGCUGGAAAUUUGUCCGGUUGCAUUUUUACCCGACCCGUUACGGAUCCGACCUCGACGCCGUCAAGUCUCUUUUCUCCGUCACUGCGAACGGUUUUACUCUCCUCAAAAACUUCAGCCCCGGUUUAACAGCAAAGGGUUCCAGUAAACCGUUCGUUAUCAAGGAGUUUAUUGUCCCUGUUUUGGGUGGACACAAGACGACGCUAAACCUCACGUUAACGCCGUCUCCGCACACUCUCGCUUUCAUUAACGGCGUGGAGAUUGUCUCUAUCCCUAACCGGCUUUACACAAAGGGAGGAUUUGAUGACCGCAUAACAGACGUUGGUACCAACAAUGACUUUGAGAUAGACGCUACCACGGCACUCGAGACCGUUUACCGCGUCAAGGUCGCUGGAGAUGAGGUACCUGAGAUAACCGACCCUGGAAUGUUCCGACAGUGGCCUUCCGAUUCUGAAGCCAUACAAAAAAUAGAAUCUGUUGAUACCUCAAUAAUUAGUAGGUUUGCGGGUUUUGUAGAGCAAUAUAUCAAUUAUACUAAGAAAACGCCUGCCUGCGUAGCGCCUAAGGCCGUGUACGGGGGGACCUAUCUCGAUAUUGAGAACGAGAAGUACCCUAAGCAAAACCCGGAUUUUGGUUUGACAUGGCUCUUCCCAGUGGACGCUGGAUUCAACUACCUUGUCAGGCUUCAUUUCUGUGACAGUACAUGGAAGAGAGCAGCCUUGCCGAGGUUCUCCAUCUACAUCGGUAACAAGAUUGCCAAGGCUGAAACCGACGUAAGAAACCUGAGCGGUGGUCCUAUGCUUCCAAUGUAUCUAGACUUCAAAACAUUUUUAUCCGGCAAAAGUGGAAAGAGACCUAAUCUACGACUUGACUUGCAUCCUCAAAACAAGGAAAAUCAACAGUAUGUCGAUUGUGGUCUGGGUGGUAUAGAGAUUCUCAAGCUUAGUGACUCCAAGGGAAAUCUCUCCGGAUCUAAUAAAGGUCCAAUAGCUUUACAUGUUCUGGCAAUCAUCCUCAUAGCCACUGGUUCCGUAGCUGGGCUGGCGACUUUCAUCAUUGUCCUCAUGCGCCAAACUAAGAGGAAGAAUAAGAAGGACAAUAAUGUCGUUGUAUUAAAGGUAUUGCUAAAACAGUACACUUAUGCAGAGUUGAAGAAAAUAACCAAAUCAUUUUCACACACUCUUGGGAAAGGAGGAUUUGGAACCGUAUAUGGAGGUAACCUUUGUGACGGUGUUAAGGUCGCAGUAAAAGUCAUGAAAGAUCUGAAGGGAACUGGUGAAGAUUUCAUGAACGAAAUCGCAAGUAUGAGCCAGACAUCUCAUGUAAACAUUGUUUCUCUGCUUGGUUUCUGCUAUGAAGGUUCAAAAAGAGCAAUUGUAUAUGAGUUUCUAGAGAAUGGGUCUCUUGAUCAAUUCAUCUCUGUUGCAAACUCGAGCCUGAUGAAUGUGAAAACAUUAUAUGGAAUCGCGCUAGGCAUUGCUCGGGGAUUGGAAUAUUUGCAUUAUGGUUGCAAAACAAGAAUUGUGCAUUUCGACAUUAAACCUCAGAACAUUCUGUUAGAUGGUAAUCUUUGUCCUAAGCUCUCAGACUUUGGACUAGCUAAGCUCUGUGAGAAAAGAGAAAGCAUUGUCUCAUUGAUGGACACAAGAGGAACUAUAGGUUACAUUGCACCUGAGGUGGUCUCAAGAACGUAUGGUGGAGUCUCCCAUAAAUCAGAUGUGUAUAGCUUUGGAAUGUUGGUCCUCGAUAUGAUUGGAGCAAAUAACAAAGAAAUAUUGGCAACCGCUGCUUCUAACGCCAGUUCGGUUUACUUUCCAGACUGGGUUUAUAAGGAACUUGAAAAUGGAGAACAAACAUGGAGAUUUGGUGAUGAAAUAACCAUAGAAGAAAAAGAGACUGCAAAGAAGAUGGUCUUGAUUGGUCUUUGGUGUAUUAAACCAUGCCCAUCAUAUCGUCCACCCAUGAAUAAAGUUGUUGAGAUGAUGGAAGGAAGUUUGGAUGCUCUUGAAAUCCCUCCUAAGCCGUCUGUACAGAUUUCCCCAAGACUUACUACUGAAUCUUCCUCACUUUCUGAUAGUAACUGGAACGUUGAUUCUGCAGCAUGAUGGAAGUCAAACACUUUUUAUGAUUUGCAAAUAUUUUUAUUUUCUUUUGAAUGGAUAAAAAGAAAUGUAAGCGAAAAGGAUCAUCGUAAAAUUGUUUUGUGUUUCUUUGUUAAGCAAUCUUUUUAUUUUUGUAACACCGUUGUUAAGCGAUCUACAAAUCUAUAAAGCUAAGCAAAUUCCUUU